UAGUAUUAUAAAAUUUAGUAUACAUUUAUUAUAAAACCUCUCAACCUUCCUUCUCUCUAAUAAAGAGGGGGGGGGAGAAGCUUUGGGUAGUGUACCAUGCAAUCAGCAUAAUAAAACCCAAACUCCGCAGAGACCCAUAAUCCACCGCCCGGCCCAGCUUGCCCAGUCACUCUCGGGGCGUCUCCAAAGCGCGCAGCAGCUCAAGCGAGUCUGGUAUUAUUAUUAUUAUUUUUUUAUCAUCUUAAAUCGAGGUUGGGAAAAGGGGGCGGCGCUUGUCCGGGCUCCGUUCCAAAGGGGGCGGCGCUUGUCCGGGCAUCGUUCGAAAGAGGCGGAGCCGAGGCCGCUGGGAAAGGACCAGUCCUGCAUCGCUCGGCAGGGAAACCGGCGAGCAUCCUUUCCCAGCGCCGCAAGCCGCUUCGGGGAACGGGGGCCUCCGGGAGCGCCCUCGCCUGGCCCCGCCGCUUCUGCUGCUCCUCCUCCGCCCGGUUGGCCAUGGCCGAGAUCGCCAGCGUCCGCCCCAGCUUCGAUGUCUCCCCCAUUGUGGCGGGCCUCAUCGGGGCCACGGUCCUCGUGGUCUCGGUCUCAGUGACGGUCUUUGUGUGGAGCUGCUGCCAUCAGCAGCUGGAGAAGAAGCAGAAGAGCGCCCCGUACAAGUUCAUCCACAUGUUGAAAGGCAUCAGCAUCUACCCGGAGACUCUCAGCAACAAGAAGAAAAUCAUACGCAUCCGGCGGGACAAGAAGGGUGUGGCCAGGAAAGACGGGGACGGGCACCUUCUGGCGGACGCGGCCGAGGCGGGCUUGGUGGGCUCCGAAACCACGUCCGGUGGGUUGAACUCUCCCGUCAACCCACUCCCCAUCAAAGUUGAGUAUGGAGAAGAACCGAGUCCUCACCAAAGCUUGACCCCGGCGGGGAGCAAGACCUCCUCGCUGUCAUCUCCCGAAGACGAUAUCAUGCUAGGGACACUGACCUUCUCGGUGGAUUACAACUUCCCCAAAAAAGCCCUGGUGGUCACCAUCCAAGAAGCCCACGGUUUGCCGGUGAUGGACGAACACAACCAAGGUUCGGAUCCCUACAUCAAGAUGACCAUCCUGCCGGACAAGAGGCACCGGGUGAAGACUCGCGUCCUCCGGAAGACGCUGGACCCCGUCUUCGACGAGACCUUCACCUUCUACGGAAUCCCUUACAGCCAGCUGCAGGAUUUGGUCCUCCACUUCCUGGUGCUCAGCUUCGACCGUUUUUCUCGGGAUGACGUCAUCGGGGAGGUGAUGGUACCACUGGCGGGGGUGGACCCCAGUACCGGGAAAGUCCAUCUGACGAGGGAAAUCAUCAAGAGGAACAUACAGAAAUGCAUCAGCAGAGGAGAGCUACAGGUUUCCUUGUCCUACCAGCCUGUCACUCAGAGGAUGACCGUCAUGGUGUUGAAGGCGAGACAGCUGCCCAAGAUGGACAUCACGGGGCUCUCAGGUAAUCCUUACGUGAAGGUGAACGUCUACUACGGCAGGAAGCGGAUCGCGAAAAAGAAAACCCACGUGAAGAAGUGCACUUUGAACCCCAUCUUCAACGAGUCUUUCAUUUACGACAUCCCCACCGAUCUCCUGCCGGACGUCAGCAUCGAAUUCCUGGUCAUCGACUUUGACCGGACCACCAAAAACGAAGUGGUCGGACGGCUGAUCCUGGGGGCGCACAGCGUCACGGCCGGCGGAGUGGAACACUGGCGGGAGGUGUGCGAGAACCCCCGGAAGCAGAUCGCAAAGUGGCACAGCUUGAGCGAAUAUUAGCAGGGUAUACGAGGAAGGCGCGGGAGGGGUGGAUCGAUUCACACCCGCGCCACCUUCCAGAGACUCUUCCCCCCCACCUCCCCGAGACACCCCGCCCGCCCCACCCCACCCCGAAAAAAACGGCCCCUUCUAUUUUAGAACUGACCGUUUCCAUAAGAAGCAGCUGACUGGUUCUUCUGUUGUGACAUUGUUUACAGGGCCCGCGCGCACACGCAACACGCACCCGGGUUCUACAAACCGCGGGAAAGGAAAAGAAAAAAGAGUGCAUUAAUUUUAAGGAUACCACAAAAACCUAUAUUUAAAAAAACAAAAAAAAAGAACGUAAUCGCACUACUAUUGCAUGCCAAGUACAGACGUCGAGAGAAAAAAAAAAA